AUGUCUUCCUCCUCCGAAUCGUAUAACCCCGUCGCCAUUUACCUGAUUGAAGUGAAUCCUCCCUACUUGUGUCGCGAUCAGCCUGCGUCAAAGCUCAGAGAAGCUUGGAAGUCUAACAACCCAGCAUUACCAAAACACUACAAGGAUACGUUAUGGAACAUGAAACUUAGGAUUGACGACCUUUUGGUUAGCAAUGGUCAAGUUUUUGAGUUGCAGAAGAAGGUGGAGAAGCACAAGCUGCUUAGGAAAGCUGAGAAGGAACUUGCUGAAGCUAGGAUCCAAGAACUACUCAUUGAGAUUUAA